UCCAUAAAGUGCAAAUAUUUUGUUGUUGCAAGUUUUCUCUCUCAAAAAGGGGCAAAUCAAAAUCGGUUUCUUGUCAGAAAACGAAAAAUUAAAUGCAAUAACAUAACAUAAAACGUGCACGUGUGAUACACACACAAAUCUGACUAUGAAAGUCACAAUUAAUUAAACUACGAAAAUUCCAUAACUUGGCCUUUGCAGCUUUCUGCGAAAGUAAACAUCAAAACAAGAAAAAUUGCGAGGGGAGAGAUUGAGGACGCUGCAACAGUAAAACCCUAAUUAAACGUCAAUUUAUUAAAUGUUUCAUUGUCGCUUUCAUCAAUUGGACCGGCCAAUGAGUUCCUUAGAAUCAAAGUAUAUAUAGUUUUGCGUAUGAUGAUGCUAUAACACCAGCAACAGCAUCAACAAAAUUCGAUAAAAAAAGGAAAAAAAUACGUUCUAAUAAUUCGACUCGUGAGCGUGCGCUGCUGUGUGUAUACAUAUACAUACAUACAUCUCCAAGUUUGUGUGUGUGUGCUUCUCUCUGUUUGUGUCAGGAAGCCACCAGAAGAAGAAUAACAUAAGAAGCAUUGCGUGGUGAAUGCAAAAGCAUUCAUAAUCCAAAAGAGAUCUAAACAACGAAGAUUGACAACAAUCUGAAAAUCUUACAUCGCCAAAAACCCCGCAAUAUGGAAUGUCGCUGAGCAAACUAUAGCACUGAGUCAAUCUCAGCCAGAAAAGAAAUAAUUAAAAUCCAGCCAAUCAUUUCGGUUCACAAACGUAACGCUUAAUGUCAGCAGGCUUAGUUGCCGACACCUUAUAACCCACACACAUCCACGUCAAGUGCAUUCCGCGGUCAGUGAUUAAACCUUAAUUUGUGUUGCAACGCUUCCCCCCAAGGCAGUGAAAAUUCCGAUAUCCUUUCGGCUUGAAAAGUUUGAAAUAGUUAGCAGAAACCCAACAAAAAUCCAGCAAAAUGACCACAGAUUUUCUGUUUCCUAAAAUAUCGGAUUGCUCUUAUGUAUCCUGUUAUUGCGAGGAGAAUGUGUGGAAACUAUGCGAACAGGUGAAACGCACGCGACCCGAAGAGCUGGCCAAGUGCUACGCUGUGUUUGUUUCCAAUGAAGGACGAACUGUGCCCCUCUGGCGUCAAAAAGCCGGACGCGGUGACGAUCAAGUUGUGAUAUGGGACUAUCAUGUCUUCUUCAUGCACAAUCCCUCGCCGAAUCGCUGCUUGGUAUUCGAUUUGGAUACAACACUACCAUUUCCAACAUAUUUCCAUAAAUACGUUACAGAGACUUUUCGUUCCGAUCUAGCCCUGAGACCAGAGCAUCAUAGAUUCUUUAGAGUUAUUCCCGCAGAUACAUAUCUUAUUGAAUUCUCAUCGGAUCGCCGACAUAUGCGUCGACCAGAUGGCAGCUGGAUAAAGCCACCGCCUUCGUAUCCUCCCAUACUUUCAAAUACAAAUAUGCACUGUCUGGGCGACUUUAUAUGUAUGAGUCCCGGCAAGGGACCUGGCGCCGUCUACAGCCUCUCCGAGUUCGUGCAAAAUUUCUACAAGUCACCCCAUGUUGUGGCGCAGCACAAUAAGUAGACGAUGUUUAACCGCAACGGCACAUUAACUGAUAUCAACUAUAAAAACCAAAUAAAUCAAACUAACCUAAAAUAAUAAGUUUGCGUUUUUGCAAUAUUCGUCAAGCAAAAAUGUCGUGCAUUAAAUUACACAAGGAGUUAAUUAACAAUUACAACACAUACAUAUUAUAUAUACUUAUAUAUAAAUAUAAAUAUACAAUACAUAUGUAUAAUAAUGUAUUUUUGUAUUCAGGCUAAACAAAAAAUAAGACAAAAACAAAAAAACAUCUGUAAGUAAAAAAUUCUGCAUCUAGCAGCUCUUAAACUUGUAUUGUAUGUAUUCAAAUUUGAUUCUAAGCAAAUUAUAAUCUAAUUAUACAUUUUUGUAUGUAUGUAUAUUCCAAAACAAAACAAAACAAAAAUCAAGAAAACAAAGUGAGACUUUUAUUCGUUAUUUAUUUAUUCUUCGAAACUUUUGCGACUUUAAUCCAACAAACCAAAAAAAACCAAAAACAAAAAUAUGAAUCGCACCAAUUACGAAUACUUAAUUAUUAUAACCACACAAUUACAUACAUAUUUAUUCAUACAUAUAUGAAGAUACCAUACAUUGUUAACAUAACUAUUUACAUACAUAUGUAUUACGCUUUGUAAUUCUGUAAUUUAAUUCGGCUUAGCUUAAAGCAAAACACGCAGCACAGCUAAUCUAAUUAGUACAUAAUUAAAUUUAAACAUGUUAACUUGUUUUACCAUUAACAUUUACAUCAAGGAUAUUUUCAACUCGUACAAUGAAUGUAAUUUAAAUUUCUACAACGAUAUGCAACACAUCUUAGCUAGUUUUUAUACUGUUUGUAUGCCACAAAUGACGAAACAAGAAAACUCCAAGCAGUGGCACCGUAGCGUUUGCAUUCCGAUGUGGUUUGUGCUAACAUACAAUAUUGUACUUACGUAUCGUCUCCUCGUUUGAUACUUGUGACACGCAAAGACUGAUUCAUUAUACGCUCAACGAUAAGAGCAUAGCACGCAACAACAAAAAAAACGUCAUCUCCCAUUCUAAACAGUCCGAAAAUAAAAAAGAAACAACUCAAGCCACGCAAAUCCGUAAGUUGUAAUUUAUUUACUUAUAUAUAUUAUAUGUUUUUUAUUUCACUUUUUACAACAGGAACUUCCAAAACUCUUUUUCGGAUUUAUAUUUUUAAAUAGUUUUACACUCGCUUAGUUAACGAUACUCACAUUUUUAUAUAAACAAACAAUUUUUACUCAAUUUUUGUAAAACGUCAAAAACAAUAUAAAUACAAUUUACAUAAAUAUAAAUGUAAAUGUAUAAUACAUAAAAUGCUGUGCAAAGUCUCAAAGUUAAACCUAAACUCUUAAUUAUAUAACUUAAAAGCAAGAUACACAGAAUAUUAAACAUUUCAAUACGAACAUUAAAUAAACAAAUCGCAGACAAAAUGCAAAAUGCAAUGCUAUCUUUAAGUAAUAUAAGAAUAUACCCAAGUUGUUUUCAAUUUUUUUCCAAUCCCCCUCUUCUCUCGUUAUAUAUGAAAAAUAGUUUGUUGACGCUGUUCUCGGAAUUUGGUUAAACUAUUUAUUUAUCAAACAACCAAACAAAAAAACUAAAACCAAAGCAAAAUAUUGAAAAUUGAGCAUUUAAGAAUCUCCAAUUAUAAAGUAUAAUAAUUACUAUAAAUACACAUUUCUAACUACUUAUAAUAUGUGUAACACUUUGUCUCUUCCAAUAUUUCUACUCAAAUUUACAGUACGUUAUAAUGAGGUACAUUGUAUACAAAUAAUACAAUUUUGGGAAAACAUUAAAAACAAAUUGGAAAAUAAUAAGAAUAAAAACAAAUAUUGUAUAUACAUUUAUAAGUAACUAAUUUGAGCGCAAGUAUUUACUGUAUGCGUAAUUUUUUGCAUAUGAUAUUAGUUAAGCAUUUAAAGCUAUUAAAAGAGCAAUCGAACAUCUAUGUCAAUACAAAGUAAAAACCAAACGAAUGUUGGAUUAUUCAAAUUGAUUUGCGUGCGCUCGUUAUACUAACGUUCGUGUUAAAGUACAAUAAGCUUAAAUGCCUAGAGAAACCAAAACAAAA